AUGCAGGCCGGCUCCCUCCCCCCUCCCACGCCACGCGGGGGGGACGCUCAGGCUGCCCAGACGGGCUCCCCACGACACCCAUUCCCACAACAAAGAGGCUCGCCUCCGUGGGGCCGCAUCCCCUCGGCGCACCCGGGAGGCGCAGUGGGCGAGGCGCCCGCCGGUCCCCCAGGGCUGACCCCGUCCCGGCUCGGGAGCUGUCCCCCUCCGCCCCUGUGGGUGCAGCCGCGCCAAGGAGACCGAGGGUGGACGGCAGCCUCGCGGGACUCGGGCGCGCACACACACCCCGCAGCCGGGUGGCGCCCGAGGGGCGCGCGGCGAUGCCGCCGCCUCCAGACGCGAUUUAAAGGGCAGCGACGGGCGGAGGGAUCCCUGCCGCUUGCUCACCACGGAUCCAUCCGCCGCGAGCAAAGCCCGCAACAGCGGCGGCCGGCGCGGCGAGAGCCGAAGCGGUGUUCCUCCGCCCGGCCGAGGGCACUCCUUUUCGUGUCCUUCCACCGUUCCCGGGCGGCGUCCGAGCGGCUCACCGGGGGCGGCGACGCGUCUGCGGCGCGGGAGGCGAGGCUCCGGGGCUAUGAGGUGAGGGCGCCCGGGCACCGGAGGCGGCACGCGCGGCGCCGGGAACCAGAACGCGGAGUCCCCAGGCCGGCGGCGGCCUCUGGGCCCUCGAGGCCGCGCGCGAGGCGAGCGCGGCGGCGGGGCGGCGGGGCCUCGACGCGCCCCGAGGAGGAGCGGGCAGCGCCCGGCGGUGAGCGGGGGGCGGGCGCCGGCGCGGGCCGGCUCCGGCGCCCGGCCGGGGCUCGUCUCCCUGGCCCCAGGCCCCUCUCGGGCUGCCGGCGCCUCGGGUCCCCCGAGAAGGCGUCGGGGCUCCUCCCGAUCGCGCCCGCACAGCGGAAGAUGCUGUAUCAGCGUCGCCCCUGCCUCUGA